AUGGAUUUGGGUCUUUUCAAGAAACAAUCAGACUUCAUCCCCAAAAAAGGAAACUGGGUUCUUAUCCUAGCAGGUCUUGGUUUCACCGGAUAUGGAGCAUACAAAGUUUACCAAUCACCAUCUUUAACCAAAAAGAAAAAGAAAUUACUAAAGCUUAUGGGAGCCUUAAUGUUCGUUGCAGAAGCUGUAGCUAAUACCGCCGAAACCAUUGGUGUCGUUUCAAGAGAUUUCAAAGAAUUCGUAUUAUCCGAUUCAGAUUUCAUCCCCACCAGUUUCAGACAAAUCACAAAAAUCGCAAGAUCUGAUGAAGUUUCAGACUCUGUUGUUAGAAUCACCAGAGCUUUAACAUUAGGAAUCGUCAAAGGGUAUAGAUCUGAGAUUAGAAGAGGUGAUAUUAAACCAGGCUCAGCCUUCUCCGACCGUAUCUUUGAUAAGCUAUUUUCUGCAGCCGGGUCUGGAUUUGCUUCUGUUAUUGUCGGUAGUUUUGCAAAGAAUUUAGUCAUGGCGUUUUAUUCAAUUGGGGGAGGUGGGUUGGCGAAUUAUAAAGAAUCUGUUCUUCUCAACUUUGUUUGUGAUGAGAAAUGCAAACAAUUGAUUGGAGAUUGUGUUAAGAUGUUUGUUGGUACUGCGGUCGCUGCUUAUCUUGAUCGCACGAUGCAUAUAAACCCUUAUAAUGAGAUAUUCUCUGGUUUGACGAAUCCUAAACAUGAUAUGAAGAUGAAAGAGCUUUUGGGUUCGAUCUGUAAUGGUGCGAUUCAUACUCUUGUUACCACGACAGAUCAAGUUUUGGCGAAUCCGACGACCAAGUAUUGUCAAAUUGAAGACAUAUCAGAAGGAAAUAAACCACCGAGGAAUAGGAAAUUCAUUGUUGAUUUGACUGGAAGGGUGACGUUUGAGACAAUCAGAUCGUUGUUGGAGUUUUUGUUGGAUAAACUUUGGCAGAGUUUGAGAAAUGGGGUUCUAGUUAUAAAUGAAGUUGUGUUUGAAAAAGGUUUUCAAAUGAGUGGUGAAUUAGUUGAUGAAGUUAUUACUAUAUGUAUUUCUUUGUAUUUGCAGAUCCUGGGAAGUGUUUGGAUUAUGGUACCCACAUUGUAGACACUCUUACUUUUGUUUCUGGUUUGUAUAUGUAUCAUAAGUGUGUGUUUAGUUAGUAUAAACUAUAAGUUAUAUAUAAUGUAUAAGUUAGUGUUGGGAUAGGGAUGGUUAUAUCUCAAAUGUUAUCAUAUAGUAUGAAAUUUUGA